AUGCCUGCCCCAGUACCUUCCGAGUAUUUCGACUCUUCGUGCACUGUCAUUUACAAUAACACACUCUACUCUUACUCGCCUCAAGCUUUCAUGUCACGUCGUCUCGUGCCUGGCGCGAAUUGGACGACUCUCGCCUAUGGUGAAAAGGUCACAGGUGCAACCUGCGUCGGCAGCGCGGAACCGAAAAACACUAAGCCAGCUUUCUUUGUGGUUGGUGGCAAGGCAUCCUCUGAUGGCUAUUCUGGCCUACAAAUGUUCAUAUACGCCACUGGGAAAUGGACCAUGAUUUCACUCAAAAAUAUGGUCACAAAGCACCGACAAGGGCAUUCAUCGACGUAUAUUGAAGCAACCGACACGAUUCUGAUAUAUGGCGGAAGUCAGGAUGGGAAGACUGGUCCGUCAGCAGACACAUUUAUGAUACAGGCCUCGGAGCCCUAUACUGUCACCAUUCCUCCUCCUGCGGUCGUGCCAUCUAACCGGCCCCCGGCCAGUGUACAUCCGAUUCUUACCCCGAUAACGAAUGCGGAUGUGAUUAUGGUAGGAGGAGGCCCAACCCCCGACCACAAGAAGGUGUUUUGGUUCAGUGAGGGGGGCAAUUGGCGAUAUACCGAUGGCAGUCUGGCUGAACCAAUCCAGAAAGACACAAGUUCAAUACAGGGAAUAGUUGUUACAGGAGAGGAUACGUCCAAGAACCUGACAUUGUUUGAUUUGAGCCAAUCUCCCAACAAGGUUUUCCGUGUGGCCAUAAUGGACGGCAGUGGAAAGUCUAUAGCUAAUUCGCCUGCCAUCAACUCGGAGUCAAAACUAAGUUCGAGUUUGGCACCGAAAGAAACGAGGGAAAACUUUGCCAUGGCCCAAGGCCCAAAUGGUCUGGUUGUCUUUUCUGGGGGCAGACCCGACAGCUCCAUCGCGUUAUUCGAUACCAAGAAGAAUAGUUGGAUCAACGCCACUGCCUUCUUCGACGACACGCAAAAGGUUCUCUCAAGCCAUUCCACCUCGACAUCUAAAUCAACGUCGGUCUCAUCGAGCUCUACCGCUGCUGCCACCACCACAGCAGCUACUUUGUCUUCAGCACCCGACACACCGCAAGACUCAGGUCCAAGCUCAAAUGCCAUUCUUGGUAUUACGCUGGGUUCUAUUGCGGGUUUUCUUGCGCUUCUAGGUCUCAUUAUUUUUCUGCUUCGGCGCCGGAGGAAGCAGCUUGGCCAGACAGAGGCAGGAAGAUCGAGCCACACCCCAUCGGAAGAGAAGGAUAUGUUUGCAUUCAACAAGAGCCCAUUCUCUCCAUCUGGUCCUCUCAGGGGACAUCGGCCGCAGGCGUCGGCAGAAUCAUAUUCUUCUGCUGCUAUUCUCAUGGGGCGAAUGAAUAAAGAGAAAUCUGGGCUGAGCAGGAAGCUGAGCAACGACACGGCACGUAGCUCCAUGAGCUCCGUGCACAAACAGUUGAAGAGCAAAAUCAGCAAACCUAUUCCUCAGAUUAUGGCGCAUCCAUCGCUGCAAAUUCCCGACGAGCGUGGCGUAGCAUUUGCCCCUUCUGUGGCAGAACCUCGACCUCGAAAUGGCCUGACGGAAGCUCAUGAUGGCACACGUCGAAGUUCUGGUUGGAAUCGAUAUUGGUCUGGCGGUAGCGCCCUACAGAUUCUUGGGUUUGGUAACGGCAAAAGGAACACCAUCGUCUCUCAACACAGUUCUCAGUAUUCAGACGUCAUCAAGAACCCCCGCGUCACUCAGGACUCGGCAACGGUACCGCCUCUGCACUUUGAAGGGCGGCCAUCGGUAAACAGUGUUAACUCUGGCAGUCCCGUAGUUGCAGAGUACACGAGCAAAAUGCCCAUUUCUGAGGGCAUGUCGGGGACGAUUGAGCGACCCGUCUCACCAGUAUCCUCGGGCUAUUCUAGUGGCAUCCCGGAGAGCAUCAAUGAGACAUGGGGUCCCGAGGAAGCCAGUCAACCAUGGGGAACCAAUCGCGCCCCGAGCAGCGCAUAUGCGCCUAGCUCGUACGUGACGUCGCAAGCGCCUGGUAAUCCUCCGGUUGUGCAGCCUCCCUCAGGAACCAUCAACCCCGGGUUUGAGUACGAAAUCGUUCCUCCUCGGAUCGAGACUUUCUGA